CACACUGUUGUCCUCAUGGCGCGGCGGGGCGGGGCCCUGGGCUUUGUCGAGUCGCCGACGGCCGCCAGGUACCGCCCUUCCUGAGCGUGCCAAUCCCCGGCGGGCUGGAGGGCGGGCUCUCCAGGUUUGAAAUUUCCCCAACUGUUGUGGCGGUCGUUCCGUGCGCGGCCAGGGUCGCUCCGAGCCGCCGCGGGCCCGAGGUGCGAGCCCUGAUCCUGGGCCCGGGCCCGGUGGGCGUAGAUCCCCCACCCUCCCCGACCCCGAGUCCCGGCCGCUCCGGGCGGCCGCGGCCUACUAGGCCUUUCACCCGAGGUGCGACCUCCGGCCCAGCGCGCCUCGCCUCCCGCCGCGGCCUGGCCCGCUGGCCUGGCCUGGGCGUCCGCGGGCUGGCUGUGAGCGGCGUCGGCGGAGAGUUCACCUCAGCGGUCGCGUGUACCCCCGCGGCUAAAGACAGCGUUCCAUUGAUUCAUCGGAACGGAUUUUGGGGGCCCCUGUUGAAGUUCUAGCUGGAUAAAUAUGCUUGAUUGAAUUCUCUGUCAGAGGAAUUUUGUUAAAGUCUUACUCAAGAUGAUUGCAACACCUUUGAAAUGUCUGUCUUCAGGGAUACCUCAAAAAGAAGAUAUGGCCUUGGAUGCAGUGUUUUUUGAUAGCAUUCCUUCAGGUACACUUACUCCUGUUAAAGAUUUGGUGAAAUAUCAGAACUCUUUAACAGAGAAUGGCCAUAAAAAGAAUCAAUUCCUAAAAAAGACAACUUCUAAAAAUAAAAACAUAUUUCAGUCUACAAUGCUAUCAGAAGCUACCACUUCUAAUGGUUAUCUUGAUAUCAGUGCUAUAAAGCCCAACAAAGAUAGAUUUAAAAACAAAGAAAACUAUGAGUCACCAAGGAAAAUAUUCCAAAGAAUGAAAGAAAAAGUACUGCAGAACAAGGAAAAACAAGCAUCAAGAAGCAAUGGUGUUCUGGAACCAACACAGAGUGAAAAUAGAAUCUUCACUCCUAACAGAGAUGAGGAAAGACUGUUGGAGAAUAUCUGUGAUAAAAAGAGAACCAACAAAUCAUUCCAGUCAGGAGAAAAUUCUCAAGUUCCAACCUCAGCCCAAGAAGUUUCUCUACAACCAUCAAAUAUUCACCACAGCAAACAAAAGACUCACCACCAUCAGGAAAAGAAUACACAACUGCACAAUUUAACUUAUGAAAUUCAAGUCCCAAAGAAAAAACAAGAGAAUGUUCUGGCUGCAGAAAUCUCAAAUAAGGCAGUAACUAGAGCACAAAUGGCCAAACAACGUCUUCACGUAAAAGAAAAAGUUGUCGCCACUAUGUCCAAAAAGGACACAUUUGUUAUACAAGAUGUUGAUUCUGCCUUUGAAGAAUUCCAAAAUACUAAUAUUGAUGUUCCUAAUACUAAUUGUGUCUCUAUUAAAAACUGUGCUCAAUUAAUGAUUUCUGAUAGUGUGAUAACAGAACAGACUUUAGAGGAAAACAAGGCACAAAAUGAAAAGUCAGCAUCUAGAACGACUAGUCUUACAGGAUCUUUGGAAGAUACGUGUAAAAUUGUGCUUGCAAGUCCAAGACUUCAUUUACCAGAACCUCGGAGAUCAAAAAGAAAUGCUUUAAAGCUUUUCCCUCCAUGUGUACUUCAAACUGUUAGAAAUGAAGCUAAACAAAACAAGGUUGUUCACCUACAGGAAUGGAUGAUUAAAGUUAUCAAUGAUAAUACUGCUAUAUGUGUAGAAGGAAAAUUGAUAGAUAUGAAUAAUAUAUAUUGGCACAGCAAUGUAAUUAUAGAACGGAUUAAACAAAAUCAGCUUAGGACUUUAUCGGGCAACAUUUAUAUAUUGAAAGGAAUGAUAGACCAGUUUUCCAUGAAAGAAGCAGGAUACCCAUAUUAUCUCACAAGGAAAUUUAUGUUUGGAUUUCCAAAAAAUUGGAAGGAGCACAUUGAUAAUUUUCUACAACAACUAAGAGCUGAUGAGAAGAACAGAAGAAAAGCCAGACAAAAACAGAAAAGAUUUGCCCCUGUCAUGCAGAAAUCAAUGAAAAAUAAUGUAGAAGAAAGCCAACUGAAUGUCUUCCAAAAGGCCAGCACCACGUGUAGCCCUGACUGUAAUAAUUUGGACCUGACUAAUAAGCACAGUGAAUUACCAGGAGCUACAGAAAUAACUACUGGCUAUAGUAAAUGUCAAAAUAAACCACCAUUAAAACUCCUACAUGAUGGACUAAAUAGUACUAUUCAAAAUGGAGGAAGAUAUGAUUUAUCUAAUCAGAACUUAAUUGGGAAGAAAGAGUACAAAAAAUUGUCUUCAAAGAAAGUGAAAAACUGUGACGGAAUAAAUGAAAGGACAAGGAAAAGCCAGAAGCAAGAGAGAACUGAAGAAUCAGUUGUUCCUAUGGAUAUCCUAACUUCAAGAGAACAGGUCACAGAUGACGAAAGAAUGGGUGUCAGGACAAAAGAAGCUUGUAUUUUAGUAACACCGCUGAAAACUAAAAAUGCAAUAGAAAGAAGAUGCAUGAAAUAUAAUCUGUCUUCUGACACUAUUAAAGCAGUAACAGAGUUUGUAGUACCAAAACAUCAUGAAAAUGAUUCAUACUUAAAUGAAACUGUAAGUCAUGUCAGUAAGCCUGUAGGGACAGGGACUUCAGAAAAUAUAUUUGAGUAUAGUACAGGUUGUAAAAGUAUGAGCAAGGAAGAUUGCAAUGUGGAUCAUUUACUCACUGUCAAUCAGAAAAUGAUAAUGCCUAGCUCUAAAAAUGAAGAAGCAGUCACCAUUGAUGUUAAGAAAAAUACCAAGUUGAUAUCAAAACUGAAGAAAAUUGAAAACCAAGUACCUAUGUCAUCUUCCAAUUAUCAGCCCUCAUCAGAUUUGUCCAGUGAAGAAAGUGAAACAGAAAAGGAAAUUAGAAGGAAAGCUGGGAUUAAGAAAACUAUAGAAGCCAACACCAAAGAAACAUCAGUUCACCUAAGAAGAAACACAAGAGACCUCACAAAGGAUAUCCUACUGAUUUCAGAAUCUGAAACUGAGGAAAGUGAAACUGAAUUUCAUAUCAAGCGAAAGAAAGCCAGGUCUUCUGCUAAAGGAACACUUUCGAAAUCUACUGGUAGAAACAAGCCAUCCCUAAACUGUUUACCAGGUUCAAUUUAUGAUAAAGAAUGGAAUGAGAAGGAGUUGCAGACACUUCAUUGUGCUUUUGCAUCUCUUCCAAAACACAAACCUGGUUUCUGGACAGAGGUAGCUAUGGCAGUAGGUACUCGAACUGCUAAAGAAUGCCAAAGGAAAUACAUGGAAGAUGCCCAAGGCAAAGGAUCCAGGAAACAGGUCAUUAAGAAAACGCAGGCCAAUUCCAAAGACCAACAUGGUCAGAGGAGCAAUGCUGCUACAAAGCCAAAUGUUCAGAUAACUGCCAAAGUGGGAACUCUUCAGCGGAAACGACAAAUGAGGGAUUUUCUGGAACAUUUGCCACAAGAUAACCAUGAUGAUUUUUUCACUGCAACUCCUUUGCAGAAUCGAAGAAUACUGUUGCCAAGCUUUCAGUACAGUGAAGAUGAUGAGUCUCUCCCAAGUAUGGACAAAAAUCCAACAACUCCAUCAUCAACUAUCUUUCCACUGGCAAAAACUCCUCAGUGUCAACAUGUCAGUCCUGGCAUGCUGACCUCUAUAAAAAGGGAUGAUUGUGAUAGGUAUGUUUUUCAUAUGCAAAAAACUAAUAGAAGUCAUGGUGGCAUUGUCUGGGGCAAGGUUAGGAGAAAAACAGUUGAAACUGAUUUCCCAACUGUACUACCAAGAGAAACCACCUUUAACAAAGAUUUAGGAGAAAACUCAGGUAUUGGAAAACUAUUCAUUAAUGGUAUGGAAUCUUCAGAUGAAGAAGAGAAAGAUUACUAUUUCUCAAACUGUGAUUCGUAGUAAAAAAAAAGAGAAAAUAGGAUUUCCAGGAUUUUUACCAUGAAGUUGAUAGUGUAUUUGUAACUUCAUUUAGAGCAUUAGGUUUUCUUUGUAACAUAGCUUCAUGUGAAAAUAUGGGCUGUCUGCACAUUUUCAUGUUUGAAUUCAAAGUAAAAUAUAGAAUAUUCCUCAGUGCUCAGCUUACUAGAAAUGGAAGGAACACUUUUGCUUGUAUAGAUACUUGUAAAUUUUUUGUAAUAUUAAAAUAGUUCUCUCUUAUGA